CGCCGCGUCCUCGCCUCCUUCGCACCCUCCCUUUCGGCACUCUCUGCGUUCGUGGGCAAAAGAAGCGCCGGGAUGAGCCAGCCGGAGAGCGCCUGAGUGUCUCUGGCUCCCCCGCUCCGGAUCGUUUGCUUUCACCCCACUCCGCCGGUUCGUUUUCCGGCUCGGCCCCCCUGCGAGUCGCUGGGCCAGGAGAAGAGAGGCGGGGAAGAGGGUUGGAGGAAGCCAGCCGCCUCCUUCUGGCUCGGGGAGGAGGAGGAGGAGGAAAUUGGAAGAUAUUCAAAGAACUGCACUGACUUGAACUUCUGCUAUUCUGCCCACCAUAGAAAGGCUGUCUUCUGACAGAACCAACUUGGAUCAUGGGGAGCAGCAAGAGCAAACCCAAAGACCCCAGUCAGCGCAGACGCAGCCUGGAAUCCACAGAGAAUAUCCAUGGUGGUUGUUCUGGAUCACAGACACCCAACAAAACCACUGUCCCAGAUGCUGUCCGAACUCCCAAUCGUUUAGUUGGCAGCAACACUCCGGAAACUAAGCUCUUUGGGGGCUCCAAUACAUCCAGUAUGGUCACCUCUCCUCAGCGCUGUGGGGCUCUAGCUGGUGGAGUCACCACAUUUGUGGCCCUCUAUGAUUAUGAGUCCCGGACGGAAUCAGAUCUUUCAUUCAAGAAAGGGGAACGCCUCCAAAUCCUCAAUAAUACGGAAGGAGAUUGGUGGCUGGCUCAUUCCCUCACCACUGGUCAGAAAGGCUACAUCCCCAGUAACUAUGUCGCACCUUCAGACUCCAUCCAGGCUGAAGAGUGGUAUUUUGGCAAAAUAACCCGCCGAGAGUCUGAACGGCUCCUACUCAAUCCUGAGAAUCCCAGAGGGACCUUCUUGGCCAGGGAGAGCGAGACAACAAAAGGCGCCUACUGCCUUUCCGUCUCUGAUUUCGACAACGCCAAGGGCCUCAACGUGAAACACUACAAGAUCCGCAAGCUGGACAACGGUGGCUUUUAUAUCACCUCCCGCACGCAGUUCAGCAGCCUUCAGCAGCUGGUGGCUUAUUAUUCCAAGCAUGCAGAUGGACUGUGCCACCGUCUCACCAAUGUCUGUCCAACCAGCAAGCCUCAGACGCAAGGCCUGGCAAAGGAUGCCUGGGAAAUCCCGCGAGAAUCGCUGCGGUUAGAGGUGAAGCUUGGGCAAGGCUGUUUUGGAGAAGUGUGGAUGGGCACCUGGAAUGGCACCACUCGGGUGGCUAUCAAGACUCUGAAGCCCGGGACGAUGUCUCCCGAAGCAUUUCUGCAAGAGGCUCAGGUCAUGAAGAAACUCCGCCAUGAGAAGCUGGUGCAGCUGUAUGCUGUGGUUUCAGAGGAGCCCAUCUACAUUGUAACGGAAUACAUGUGCAAAGGGAGCCUCCUGGAUUUCUUGAAAGGGGAGAUGGGCAAGUAUCUGAGGCUGCCCCAGCUGGUGGACAUGGCAGCUCAGAUUGCAUCUGGCAUGGCGUAUGUGGAGAGGAUGAACUACGUUCACCGAGAUCUGCGAGCUGCAAACAUCCUUGUGGGUGAAAACCUGGUGUGCAAGGUGGCUGACUUUGGACUGGCUCGACUGAUUGAGGACAAUGAAUACACAGCUAGGCAAGGUGCUAAAUUCCCCAUUAAGUGGACUGCUCCUGAAGCUGCUCUGUAUGGCCGGUUCACCAUCAAGUCGGAUGUGUGGUCCUUCGGCAUAUUGCUGACUGAAUUAGCCACCAAGGGCCGAGUGCCGUAUCCAGGCAUGGUGAACCGAGAAGUGCUAGACCAAGUGGAGCGUGGCUAUCGAAUGCCCUGCCCUCCAGAAUGCCCAGAGUCUUUGCAUGACCUGAUGUGCCAGUGCUGGAGAAAGGAUCCGGAGGAAAGGCCUACGUUUGAAUACCUACAGGCUUUCUUGGAGGACUACUUCACAUCCACAGAGCCUCAAUACCAGCCAGGCGAGAACUUAUAGAUCUAGGAGUGGAAUGUGCUGCCAAAGACUUUAUGCUGCUGCUUGGGCCAUCUGCGUUUCAUGAGAGACUUUGAGUCAGCAUCCUGGGAAGCCUCCAGAGCACCUGCCAGGCUGGGCUGUGUACUCAUUUUGGGGGGGGGGUGCGGAUUUGCCCUUCCUUUUGAAGAUGGUACUAGGCCCUUUGUUAAUUGAGGACAGCCAUGGGUGCUGUAUUUGUUUAGAAAAGGCCGGAUAGAUCAUGGAUUAACCAAGUGUCACAGUUUUCGUUCUUGAUGUGGAAUUGGCUGUGGUGCAGCAGACAGGGUUUUAGAUGAAGAAAAAAGUCCUUCCAGGAGUGACGUAAAGGGCACACAGCAGUUAUGAAGCCAAGUGAAAACCAGGGAUCCUGUUCCACUGGGCCAUCUGCCUUCUGGAGUUUGUCCUCGCUCCAAAACUGCUCUUAGGAACAAUCAGAAGGAAUGACGGCGCUGCCUCCGACAGUGAUAAAGGCUGCUUUGCAGUCUCUGUGUCUUCUGAGCUCUUGGCUCAUCUAUGAUUGACUGGAGUGGUCAUGUGAUAGAAUGAUGCCUUUUGGAUUUAUAUGGCUUCCGUUCUCUUUUCUUUCUAAACCAGCACAAUUCUUCCUCACCCUUUUUCAUAUCCAGAUCCCACUGCCCAGAACCAAGAUCGACGGCUUCACUCCAGGGAAAGUUGUACCCUACUUGUGUUCUGGACACUUGAUCUUUCCAUGUACUUGUGAUGCUCUCUUCUGUGCCACUGAUAAGGCAGCUGUGCCACUAACAGCCUAGUGCUGUCCCCUUGGCUUGGGCAAAGUUGCAGAUCUUAGACGUGUAUGAAGUUGUGUUGGAUGUGCUGGGCUACUCUGGGGGACUUGCAGGAUUUGGGUUGGGUACCUCUCUGCCCUCUGCAGAGUUAUUGAAGGAUGAAAUGAAAUUUUGGGUGGGUCCCACGUGACCUGUCCAAGGUUUUGAUUUUUGAAGCUUGUGGUUCUAGUAUUGAUGUAUGCAUUUUUCAGGGUGAUGUUUAGAACGUGGACUGCAGGCUUGUCUUCCAGUCUAGUCUUUCAACCCAAUAAAGAGAGCCUGUUAUUACCAGUAUUUUUAGACCUGCAACUGGAUCCCCAGUCCCUCUUCCCUCACUCAUUCCAUGCUGCCAGUCCCUUAAGGGCCUUUGUAGCUCAUCUCCCUCCCAGGUAAUCCUCGUCUUCCACAUAACCUUUGAAGAAUCCAUCAAGCCCUCCGAUCCUUUUCCUCCCACGCGAUUGCAUCUCAUUCGUCACCCAGUCUGAAGCUCCUUAGUGCCUCUGAAGCAUAAGACUGCGGCUGGGCAAACCUCAGCUGAACGAGUAGUUCUGCAGGCCUGCGUCAAUGUAGGAUGUAAUUCUGGUCAAGCAGGGUAAAGAGACCUUGCAGGGUCUUCUUGUCUUAGCCAUAAAAUAAUGCAUCCUUAGAUGAUUCUCUGCUUGGAUUCUCUGCUGUUUUGCAGCCCCCGAUCUCCUACCCACCCACCCCCCAACUAAAGUUUGUGAUUGUGCUGCGGGGGAUUCUAGCAAAGUCAAAUUAGCAAAGUCCAUAGAGCUCUCCAAAGCCUGGGUCUCUCUUGCAGCCCUCUACCUGCUUCUCCAGGUGUCUGCCAUCCUGGGGGAGGGGUGAGUUUGCUAGCAGCAAUUUCUGAUCAAAGGUUUAAUCCAGUCUCCUGACCUAGUAAGCACAUUUCAGAGCUUGCAAGCUCCUUGCACUGAGUAAUCCUUGAAGAAAUCAAACGCUCUCUCUUUUUUAAAAAACUUGGUGUCUAGUCCCCAUUGUCUAGUGGAUGUAAAUCAUAGCAAAUGUUGAUUGAUGUUUCACUGGUGAAAGCGGGGAGGGUGUGUGUGAAGAAAGUGUUUCACAAGUUUAGACUAAGAACCAGACUACACAUUUAUGCACAGCUGCAAACAUCUUCUGUUGGAAACUCUUUCUCCAAAAGCAACUCCAAAACUCCAAACUCCAAAAGCAACCUCUGUUUCAGGAGAAGAACCGGGGGAGUUGGUGGGAGAUGGUAUGCUGAACAUUGUCCCUUCUGGAUGAUUUUUUCACUCAAAAUUGUCCUCCCAAGUUGCUUUUCAGCCCACAGGAAGAAGGGCGGGGGGGGGAAAGGUUACGUGUACCUGUAUCUAAAGUAUCUGAUUUUGAGUGGAAAGAAAGCCAGAAGAGAUCACCCCCAUCCUUCUUUUUUGUUUGUGUUUCCUGAAAAGUCAUAUGCAGUUAAAGGUAACGUGCAGCUUGGUCCUAAAAGUCCUCAUGAACUGGCCAGAGCAUUCUGUGUGCCCUUUCUCUUUCAGUCACUUGUUUUCCUUGAAUUCCGCAGGAAGGAACUUUGCAUGCCAGAAUCUAUCCUGCUGUGUCAGAAGCUGUUCAAAUAGCUGCUGGCAUUUGAGCAGCUGCCUGAGCAUAGUUUCAAGCUUGUGCAUACACAACAGAAACCAACCUUGGCCAUCUUAGCCCUGUGUGAAAAAGCAACUAGAAGCCACAACUGGCCUGUUUCAUUAAAAUCUGUAAUGCAUUGGUUGUGUAUUAAAUGCCCCCAAACCGUCUCCUUUGGCAGGAAAAAGGCAGUAAAACUGUGGCAGAAUAGAGAUUCGGGUACCAGCUUCUGGACCCGUUGGCAAUUGGUGCAGCAGCGACCCAGCUCACUGACCCCUCAUCUAGACAGACGAGCAAAAUGUAAACUGCAGUUCGCUGGCCUGUUAGAUGACAGUCUCUAAGCCAAGGAAUCUGUACCCUGAGGGCAGAUGGACAGAUGGAGGGAUGGUAUGUGGCACGCUAGGAGAGACCUGAGAUGCACCCCAGGAGCUGGCAUGAGAAUUCAGACUGUCAGCCAUGUUGUUUUAUUAUCUAGGACAGCUCGGCACACAGAAGAUUUGCAUCCCAGAUUCAUAAUCCGUGAACAGGCCUCAACAUGAUUGAAAAGGCAGCCUUUCAAGAGCAUGUGUGUGCCCCUUAGGUGAGACUGAAGGAGUGUUUUAAAAUCAAUACAGUUGCUGCCGCAUCUUGGGCAGAAAGAUUCUCAGUAAAAUAAGAUGUGGACUGCUGGAAUAACCCUCUGUCUCUUCUUCCUCAAGGUGAAGCGUUUCUCCCACACGCACGCAUGCCACAUUCUGUUUCUGUUAUCUGUGUUUUGACAUUCCAGGGUUAUCACCAAAAAUACAUAUGGGACCACUCUGACCUAUAACCAGCAUCGAGUUCGGUCUGGACUUAACUAUCCUCACAUAUUCCACUAGAAACAAAAAAAACAAGAACAGUUUUACACAUGUAUUGUUUGUAUUACAGUGGCCCUGAUACAGAGAAGGUUAGCUGUGGAGUGCCAAUCCCUUGUAGAGUGACUCCAGUCUAAGGCAAUUGAACGCAAUGGAUUUAGGGUAACUCAACACAGGUUUUCUCUGUCAAUCUUGUUGAUAUUCAGCUGAAAUCCUUGGAAAUCUAUGAGGUUUAGGCAUGAUGACACAACUAAGUUACUCUGGAUCUGGCUAGUGGUUCCAGCCAGGGUUCCUACGCCUACAGUCCAAGGAAGAACCGAAUGCCUCAAAGAAUAAGGUAGAUUCUGGUGGUCUUUAGAAGGGCAUCGUGUCAGACUUGCGUCGCUGUGUGAUGAAAUACCAGUAAAAGGAAUGUAGCAGUUUCUCUGAAGUGGCCUGCUGCUUCCUACAAAUAGAAAAAAAGAAAAGGAAGCAUUAUCGAGCUCUGUGUGAAAAACGAAACUCCCAAGCAGAAUCAGAAGCCAGACCGUAUGGCAAUGGAUAUACCUUUGUUGUGACAGUUACUGCCAGCAUGGUUACAGAACUCCCCCUUCCGCAGCUCACCUGUUCCUUUUGUUAGGAGAAGUUGCUACCAGCUGUAAAAUAGCCCUUCUUUCUGUACAUAGGCUUUGAGGUCACCCGAGCUGGUGGCUUUGGAUGUUGACUUAAGUGCAUGUGAUUCUUUAAGGUAAUGAGAAUGUUUGUUGCAAUUGUACGUAGCUGGAAUUCAUUGUUGUUGGCUUGCAGGGCUUUGGUUGCUGCCGUCACUUAGCUCUCCCUCUUUCUCUCUCAUGUCUAUCUUUUGGAUGUUCUAUGUGCCAAAACCCCUCCCAAGAGCAGAAUCUUUUAAAAUUAUAUGAUGAACAGUGCCACCCUAAGCAGAGGUACAUCCUUCAAUUUAUGUUGAGAUUAGGGUGUUCUUUGCAAGAGUUUAUUUGCUGUGUACAGGCAGGGGUCUUGUUGCUUUUUGGAGCCAUUUCUUGUGUGCAAACCAAAUGUACUCAACCACAGCCUGUUGCAACAAGGAAGGUGUGUGGUUCUUGAGGGGGAUGAAUUAUAACCUCUGUUGAUGUUCCAGUUAGUGCUGGAAGAUUGUUCAGCUUAAUAAAGAGUGAUGCCAGAGGAAGCACAACGGUUGAGGCAUCACAAAUGGCUUGAAGUAGCAAGAUUCCAAAUGGCAUGAAGAUUCCAUGUGCUUCCCUUCCACUUUGUCCUGGAACCUCACUGAAUGGCAAGGGAUGGGGCCUGGAUCCUGCUCCAUAUUUUGCACAGGCUUCUUCCCCAUGUGGUCCUCUUGAUUCUAGUUUCAAUGACAGAUCCUCAAUAUCCUUUUAAGGUAACUGAGCCAAACAUCUUUCUUAUACCAGGUCAGGGGGCAUACAUUAGAACCAUAUGACAUUCAGUGCCUCACCGCAAUAGUCUGAAAAGCCAGCAACAGGGUCUGAUGCAUGGAACAACAGGAGGGCUCCAUAGCUUUACCUUUGAUUGAUAGUUUUGUCUCAUGCCAAACUCCACCUCCUGCAGAAUUUUUGAUAAGCAUUCCUAAUUUCACUAGGAACAGGGUCUGGCCUCCUUUUUCCAGUAUGCCAAGGUCUGAGGCUUGGUAAGAGGUAGUCGGAAAGUCGCUCACUCCUGCCUUUCUUUAUCUUUUCUGUGUUGCUCGUUCAUAAUAUGCCUUACAUGCUUCUUCCCAGGUGUCCCAUGAGACUCAGUGCUGACUUUGUUAAAAAUCCAUUUUCUCUUAAUUCAAGUUCUAGGCCCUUUUGGAAACCAGAGUGUUCAUAUGGGACACUCUCGAACAAUUGGUUAUAUCUGGGAAUUCAGGAGAGACUGUGCCUUCCCAGACCUUUCUUUUCCAAGGUGAGCAUCCCAGUGCUGGCGCCUCUUCUCUCACUGCUGAGAGGGAUGCUGAGGCCAGCAUGACUUUCUUCUUCACAGCUGUUUUUCAGUAUCCCAUUAUAUAUACCAGUAUCCAUCCAAUGCUUCCAGGCUCUUCCCAAGGUAAUUUGUAAUUACCCCACAUAGGUGAGGGCUUUUCUUUCGUAUGUUCUUUUGAAUGAAACACGUCUCUAUCUACAGUUCCUUUCACUUACUGCUUCUCAGUAAUUCCCAGUUCUCAUUGAGCUGGAAAGUGAUGCCUGGACUGUACCACUUCACUUCAGACCAUAAAGGGAGCCUUAUGUGACUAAAUGCUGCUCCUUAUCACCCCCCCCACACACACACACACAAGCCUUGCAUGCAGAAAAUGAGCAUUUUUUAUUUAUUUUGGUAAGUACUGAGGAGCAUGCAUUUACCUGAGCAGACUUGCAGUCUGAAAUGGUACAAUCCAAACAUGAGUUUUAUUACCUUAAUGUGGUCUUAACUAGACCUGGUAAGGACAUAUCCAAGAAAGCUCCUUUUAAAUGGAGAUAGCAGUGGGAGGGGGAGGGCUUGUUUGGAUUAGGGUUCUGGUUUGGAGGGAAGAGUACGGUAGCUUUAAUCUUUUCCCUUUGUGCAAUUUCCAUGAUCUGGAUCUCUCCCAGACUUACUGGGGUUGAUAUUUGUCCUAUUGAGAAAAAAUAAAGGUUCCCUGCUGUCAAAUAGCAGCCCUGGCUGGGAGAUUGUGGAAAUGGCCCAGGUGAAAGAAUGUAUGCCCUGCUACUAUUUGUAGUUUUUAAAAAUGCAGAUGUAUGAACAAACCUCCCAGUCAUGACUAGUUAAACUUCGAGAAUUAGGUCCAAAAAUCCAUUCUCUGAUGAAGCCUGACUGAGCUGCUUCUCUUUCUGUAUCUUCCUCCCCAUACCUUUCUCACAAUAUUGCUGUAUUUUUUUAAAAGCCACCUUCAUUUGUGGACAGGGACUGGUAUUUUUUCCCCAUGUCUCUUGGGAUUUUUCUGCAUAAUCUGGUAGACUUGUGACAGAGAACAACCCUUCUCUAUGGAGAUGCCACUCCUUGUUGAAUCCGAUUGAGAGAAAAGUACCUUUCAGAAAAGGGGAAGGGGGGGGGGGGUGUCAGUGUCUCGUGCCAAUGAUUAUAUUUUUUGGGAUGUCUGCCUCUGAAAAAACAGCUUCUUGACAAAUACAAAGUGGACCAUGUACCAAACUAGGGGAGAAGCUUCAUCGUGGGAGCGAAACCAGAUAUCUGUGUCUCUCUGUGUGUGUGUGUGUAUAUAAAUAUAUAUAUAUUAAUGUAUAAAGAUUUUUUCAAGUAUGUACAUUUGUUUUUGUUCUUUUUUUAAAAAAAAAAUCAAGGCAAAUAGAUCAGUUUUAAAAACCACUGGCUUCUCUUUCUGGUUUUGGUAUAGCAAUAAUGACAAUGGACGUUAAUUUAAACAAACAGUAUAUUUCGUCUUGGUUUUUCUUCUAUGUCAAGGGAAAAUGUUUGAAAGAAGAAUGCAUCCAAGGCUCCUUUUUGCAAACCCCUGCCCUGUUUGUGCAUGAUGCAGGCUUCUGGGACGGAAGGAAGGAUGCUCAUGCAAGCAGCCAGUAAGGGCUAGAGGCAGAUCUUUGCAACGCAUGUGUGACCUGGAAGGAGCCCUGGCUGCCGCCUUCCUUAUUCCCUCUUCUCUUUUCAUUUGAAAAGUCCACAGUAGAGAACUCUCUUCAGCUAGAGAGUUCCAGUGAGCUUCUGCCAUUGCUUGAAUGACGUUUGAACAAUUCCGUACAAGGAAUUUAUUUUAUUAUUGUAAUUUUUUUAAAGAAACCACAUUUUGUAAAGUCUCCAGAUAACUAUGCAGAGAAUGUGCUGAUCUCUCUCUCUUUCUCUCUCUCUCUCUCUCUCUCUCCCCCUUACCUUUUUAGUGUUUAAAAUCUUAACACCCCUUUUUUUGAAAAAUAAAACCUUUUUGGAAAAUUAA